AUGAAGGGUUUGCUUAUGCUGUGUCAUUAUUACCCUCCAUGUCCACAACCUGACCUAACUUUGGGAAUAAGUAAGCAUUCAGACAACACCUUUAUCACCAUGCUCCUUCAGGACCAAAUCGGUGGUCUUCAAGUCCUUCAUCAAGAUUGUUGGGUUGAUGUCUCGCCUAUCCCAGGAGCUCUUUUGAUGACGAAUGAUAAGUUCAAAAGUGUGGAGCAUAGGGUGCUUGCAAACAAAGCUGGACCGAGGAUCUCAGUCGCGUGCUUUUUCAGCUCGAGUGUGACUCCGAAUUCAACAGUUUACGGACCAAUCAAAGAGCUUCUGUCUGAAGAAAACCCUCCAAAAUACAGAGAGUUCACUGUACCUGAGUACUCAAAUGGAUACAUUGAGAAAGGUCUUGAUGGAACAUCGAAUUUAUUGAAUUACCAGAUAUGA